AUGUCCGAAAAGGCUGCCAUCAAGUUCAAGCCGAAUCUAUCGACUUCAGAAAUUGUCUGCGUGUCGUUUCCUGCCGUAAAUGCUGCCGGUGAGGUUACAGGUGGGCUCAAGGCGACGAAUGAUAACAGCGCGUGCAAAUAUGCUCUUAAGGGCUCACAAGUCUACGAACGAUCUGGAUGGUACAAGGACCUGUGGGCCAUCACACUUGGCGGCGAGUUCCAGGACUUGAUCAUGUGGGAACAACUAACAGACAUAGCUCGUAUGGCUUUGAACGACAGCACUAACUUUGAAAAUGCGGAGGUCCCGAUUAGUGAUGAUCACUACGAAGACCACCUCGACAAGGCGUGGCCGCUCUAA